AUGGUCGAUUAUAAGAUAUCAACCAAGCCAUAUUCGGACAGCCCUAGAGACCAGCUCAAGAGGCUUGGCAGAGACACUCUAUCUGGCUUUUCCUUUUAUUACUACAAUUUACACUGGUUCCUUGGUCCCUAUUUUCUAUUCCUGCCCUUCAUUCUACCUUUCUGGGACAUAUUUUUGGGAAGAACAGUACCGUUAUUGCGGCAAACUGCAAUUCUCGCGGUGGUACUUCAUACACUAUUCUUUAUUGGAAUUACAGCAGGAUAUCAUCGCUUGUGGACGCAUAGAUCAUAUGAGGCAGUGAAACCUCUCCGAUAUCUCCUUAUAGUCCUGUCAUGCGGUAUACCACAAUUCGAUAUUAUUUGGUGGGCCCGUCACCAUAGAUCUCAUCAUCGUUAUGUGGAUACUGAUAAAGAUCCAUACAACGUGAAAAAGGGACUCUUUUGGGUACAUUUGGGCUGGCUUAUUACCCUCAAUGACAAGCAUUGGGGACCCGUUGAUGUGUCGGAUAUUGAGGACGAUCCUGUUGCGCAAUGGCAGAGACGAAAUUACUACCCUCUUAUGGUGGUUGUAUCAAUAAUUAUCCCGCCCUUGAUUUGCUACUUUGGUUGGCACGACUUCUCUGGGGGCUUGAAAUAUGCGGUCGCAUGGAGAUUGUUAAUCGGACACCACGCAACAUUCCUUGUCAACUCGUUGGCCCAUUGGUCAGGCCAGCAGCCAUUUACUACUGGUGUAUCUGCAAGAGAUAACCUUCUUCUCGGGAUUUUCUCUGCAGGGGAAGGCCAUCAUAAUUUUCACCACCGAUUUCCAUCCGAUUAUCGUAAUGGACUUCGUCUGCCUGAUUUCGAUCUAAGCAAAUUAUUCAUUCAGCUUUGUGCCAAAUUGGGACUGGCUAAAAACUUGGUUCAAACUUCAGAGAGAGAGAUUGAACAAGCGAGAAUGCUCGCUCAAGGCAUUACGCCCAAGUCUUAUGAAGACGUGAAUGAAGCAACUGUCUUAUCUGUCUUAUCCUGGAGCGAUUAUGAGCAUCUAACUCGAACGGGAUCAUGUUUGGUAUCUAUCUCUGGGCGCGUUUGCGACAUCACAGAUUUCAUGCACAGCCACCCAGGUGGUCCGGCGACACUUCAAGAUGCCAUUGGUACAGAUGUGACUGACCUUUUCAAUGAAAUCGAUCACUCGCCGUAUGCUUUGAGUCUACUCUCUUCCCUUCAGAUGGCAGUUCUUGAUCCCAAAUCCGACCAAAGCCAAUCGUCGAAGAAGGAUGAAUGA